GUGACUGGCAGAAUUGCACACUUUGGCUUUGGGAGAGCGACGCGAAAGGAUGAAGACGCAAUUUCUCUGGAGUUUUCUCUUACCACUCAUGGCUGUGGUCAUCCACAAUGUCAAGAGCCAGGACGCUGAGGCGUCACCUACAUUGUCAGAGAUAAGUUCUAUGGUUCAAGAUUUAAAGAACGUUGUGGAUCUCCUAGCAAACCAGCUGAUGAUGCAGCAGUUGAUAGUAGAGGAGAAAGCGAGGUUCGACGGGGCGUCUGGAAUCAAGCAGAUUCGAAUGGAUAUUGCCGGCACGCGCCCGUAUCACACGCCCUCCCACGUGCGAGACAGCGUAGCAGCCUACCACGAUCAUGCUAAUUACGAUAGAACCGUGGGCAUGGGGGAGAUCUCCGCCGUCUUGAAUGGGGUCGAAUUUAAGACCAGGCACAACGACUUCAAGCUGGUCAUGCCGUGUACAAGCGAUGAGUCUUAUCACUGUAUAGAGAACAUCCCCUUCCCGCCCGUCCCGCCAGAGUCCUUCUAA